AAUUACCGCUAUCAUGAUGCCUGGAAGUUUCCGAAAAAUGCUCAUUCUGGCCCUAUCGAUUGCCACAUGUUCCGCAUUCAUCCAGGAAAUAUCGCUGUAUACCGGAACAGAUUGUACUGGAGGAGCUAUCACUUUCCAAACCAAGGAAGCUCAAUUGACUAAUUGGGAGUUCUUCCUACCCUCCAUAAAUUCUGUGAAAGUGCAUGGAUGGUGGGUAUUGUAUUCUGGGGCCAAUUUUAACACAUAUCUGAAUAGUUAUAGUUAUCGUCCAACAUUCGUGUGCAUUAAUUCAACUCACCCAAAAACAUCACGGUCUCUCCGGCACCUAGGACCAUCACAAACUGACACACUGUCCCUCUCUGUCUAUGAAAGUGGUAGUUGGGUAGGAAGAGAACUAAUUAUCACAGCUCCAGCUGCAACUAAUUUUGGGUUCGUCGCCACCUACGGGGUUGCAUCCGACUACUCCAGUUGGACAUUGUACACAAACGCAGAUUUUACAGGAGCUUCAGUUUGUGUGGCUGGUAAUGGCGGUCUCGUUUCUAGAACCUUUACAUUUAGAUCGGCAACAUCAGGAUGCAACAAGGACUAUAAGCUUCGUGGCACUAAAACUAUCACAGAUGUAUCAAAGUUCUACUACUUUUAAGCAAUAAUGCUGCAGAUGUACGGGUUUGGUAUUACAAAAUUGUUUAGUUUACAACUAGUUUACUGUUUUGCAAAUUGACUAUUAGGUUCAAUUAUGACUAGCUAAUGUAAUGUUCGCGCAUAUUGGAGACUUUGCUUUUAAUAAAUUAU